GAUUAUUCAGACUGUGAACGUCGUCGAGUGAACACGUUACGAGCGCGUCGAUCGCAAAACUACAAACGUUUUUUGACACUUUGCCCCCAGCCCCACGCUAGAAAGUUGUUUACUUGCCCGUCGCCCGCAACUGUUAAAAGGGUUGUCAGCCAAAAAGCCAAGUGCAAGUGUGUUAAGUGUUGUGAAGCGCCUAAAUGUCGCAGCAAGUGUAGAAAACAGUGGCAACUGAUUACUCAAGGAUUAACUGAGAGACAGUUUCAAAGACAAAAGCCUCCAAAAUAGCCGAACUAAUCGCCGCCUCGCCCGCACAAACAACGCGCGUAUUUAUGACUAAAAUGAUUCCGCCGGUACCCACCUCAGCCGUCAUGUUGCCCACGCCCAAGCAGAAGAUCGGCUUCAGCAUCGACUCGAUUGUUGGCAACGAUGCGACGGCGACUGCCGCUGGAGGCAAUCCCGAGCAGCAGCUCUCAGCCGGCAGCCCUCAGCCGGAUCGCAAUGGGCCCGGCAGUCCGCCUCAGACGCCGCCCGCUGCACUCACCAUGCUGCCUGCCACGCCCACACCGCCGCAUCAUCUGAUGGCACCGCCAACACAUCAUGCCAACCACGUGCUGCCACCGCACAUGGCACCGCAUCCACACGCGCAUCCCCAUCCACAUCUGUCGCCAGCCCAACAGCAUGCACUGCAUCAGCAUCUGCUGCUCCACCAACAGCAGCAGGGCACACCAAAGUCCCAUCAUGAUAUACAGGAGCUGCUGCAGCGUCUGCAUCACAAUGCCGCCAUGGCCAACGGCCUCAGUCCUCUGCAGACACGCCUCUCCCCGCUGGGGGAUGUCACGUCCACGCCCGUUGCUGUUUCCCUUAAGCGCGAGCGUUCACCAGCACCACCUGGCUCGGAGCAGGCCGAGAAUCCAGCCCAGCGCAUUCAGCCGCCGCACACGCCGCCCAAGUCAGUCUCGCCGCAAUCCUCGCAGCCUUCCUGCUCGCCCACCUUGCUGGUCAGCAGUCCGCACAAUACACCGCCUCAUCAGCAGCAGCAGCAGCAGCAGCAGCAACAGCAGCCGCCCAACUACCCGAAGCCACCUGUAAUGCAUCCAGCCGGCGGCCCUGGUCCCAACCCGCUCAUGAUGCAAGGCAUGCCGCCCGCCGGCUUGAUGCGACCCUUUCCGAUGGGCCCAGGCGGUCCAGCGCCGCCGCAAGGCCAGCCGGGCAUGCCGGACAUCAAGGCGCUGCCGCCCUACAUCAACACGCCGCCGGAGCUGGCACCGCAGCACAAUCCGCAUCUGAUUGCCGCCGCCCAGUUCCAAAUGGCCGCCGCGCUGCAGGCCGGACAUGUGCUGGGUCCAGCGGCCGCUGCCGCUGCAGCGGCUGGCCUGCCCCCGCACGCCGCCGCCUCCUUCAUGGGCAAUCCGGGCAUGCCGCGCGACAGCUACCCGCUCUACCCGUGGCUGCUCAGCCGCCACGGACGCAUCUUUCCGCACCGCUUCCCUGGAAAUUUCCUCUUGCAACCGUUUCGCAAGCCGAAGCGCAUUCGCACCGCCUUCUCGCCGUCGCAGCUGCUCAAGCUGGAGCACGCCUUCGAGAGCAAUCAGUAUGUGGUCGGAGCGGAGCGUAAGGCGCUCGCCCAGUCGCUCAAUCUCUCCGAGACGCAGGUGAAAGUCUGGUUCCAGAAUCGCCGCACCAAGCACAAACGCAUGCAGCAGGAGGACGAGAAGGGAGGCGGCGGCUCCGGCUCCGAGCGCAACAUGCACAACGGCAGCGGCGACGAGGACGACGACGAGCUCAUCGACAUGGAAAUGGACGAUUGCGCCAGCGAUGAUGAGCAUGAUCUAGAUGCGAGUCAUUAGGCUGCCCAGCUG